AUGAAUGAAAAUAUAUUCAGACAAAUAAAAAAUAGAUUAAAAUUAGAAUGUUAUUUAAUGAAUAAUGAAUGGUUGAGAGAUUGUAUAGAAUUUUAUAUGAAUCAACAUAAAAAUUCAACCAUGGAAGAAAUAUUACAAUUUGUAAGAGGACAAUGGCAACUUAGUGAUUUACGUGAAAUUAAUAAUGACAAUGGUAGUUUACCUCCUAAACUUUCAGAAAAAAAAUUUAUUAUAUUAUCUGGAAAUUAUAUUCUUCAGGUAGAACAAAUGUAUAAUAUCACAAAAGCAAAAUAUAAACAAUUAAAAGAAAUUAGAAAUGUUAAUUUCUCAGAAGUAGAUCCAGCUGAAGAAGAAAUGAUGAAAAAGAUGACAAAGACUCAGAAAAAAAGAAUGAUGCAAUUAAAAUUAACAGAUGGAUUACAAAAUAUAAUUGGAAUUGAAUAUAAUCCAAUACCUCAAUUAAAUGAUAUGUUAUUACCAGGAUAUAAAGUUAUGAUAAUAGGUCCUAUAAUAUGUCGUAGAGGUGUAUUGUUAUUAGAAGAAGGAAAACUUAAAGGAAUUGGUGGUGAAGUUGAUAAUUUAUUAAUACCUAAUGCUUUGGAAAAUAUUUUAGCUAGAGCUCUAAAUCUACCAGAAAAUCCUGAUCCUUAUAAUGAUAAUGAAAUAAAGUCAAAUAAUAUUCAAAAAGAAGAACCAGAAAUAGAUGAUAAUUUUUUUGAAGAAGAUUUUGAAAUAAAUUUUACAAAUGUCUCAAAAAAUACAAAUUCACAUAAUAAAAAUGAAGAAAUAAUAAUAGAAUCACAUAAUAAAAACGAAAGUCCAAUUAAAACAAAAAUUGAAAAUAUUAAUACAGAAAUUAAAAAUGUUCAAAAUUAUGAAGAUGAAAAAAUCAUAGAUGAUGAUGAUUGUUUUUUAGAAAUGAUUGAUGAAAAACAAUUUAUAGAAACACAAAUAGAACAAAAUGUCAUAACACCUUUUAAAGCUUUGCCAAAUGAAGAAGAUGAUGAUCUUAUUAUAAUAAAUGAAGAAGAAGAAAAUAAUGAUGUAAAGCAUGAUAUUUUUAGAAAUACCAUAAAAAAUGAUUCUUCACAUUUGUAUCCUACAUCCUUAGUAAAAAAAAAUGUUUCUCAUUCAAAAGUUCAAGAAAAACAACAAUGUUUGUUAAUUAAUAAAGAAAUAAGUACUUCAACUGAUUCAUCUUCUUCUGAAACAUUAAAAAAAAAUAAAACGGAUAGACAUAUUACAGAAUUUAUAAAAGUGGUAACUGUUCCAAAAGAAGAGAAAAUUUGUGAAUUCAUUCACGAUAUAAAUAAUGAAAUAAUAACAAAUAAUAUCUUUAAAAUCAUUCGAGGUCAUGUUGAAGUUCUUGGAAAAUUAUCAAAAAAAGACUCAUUAUGGAUUUUAGAAGCUAUAAUAGCAGAUGGAACUGGAACAAUAGAAGUUUCUUUCUCAAAUAAGCUUUUGGAAAAUUUAUUAGGUUUUAGUGUAAAAGAAUUUUCAUUGAAGAAGAAAUUGAAAAAAAAUCCAGAAAUUGAGCAUGAACUUAGAAUGAGUUUUCGUAAUGCAGAACAAAAAAUAAAAACAUUGGAUGCACUUUUGAAAUUAGAGUUAAAUAUAAAUAAAAAGCCAAUAGUAAUUGAAAUUAUGGAUUUAACUCAAGAACAAAAAAAAAUAAUAGACAAAAGAUUAUCCAAUUUUUUACUUAAAAAUUGCAAAUAGACAAACUGUAAUAUUCAGUAGAUUAUUUCAUUAAUUUUUAUUAAAUAUU